CGCAUUAUCAGUUGUCAAAAGUAUCAAAGAAAACAGUGAAUUGUUGAAGGAUGGCCGUGUACAUAAUUUUUUAAAAAGAGCGCAGCGAACUAGAAUGGCAGAAUCAUGUCCCCUAGAUAACGAUAGCUAUAAUAGAGAAUCGGACAUUUCGAAACAAGACUGCACCAGUCCAAGUCCCACGGAAACGAUUUGUUUGGAGUCGCUCUGUAGUGAUAACAUACCGGGUACGUCUCAGCUUUUAAUUAAAGAGGACGUCGCGGACAGAGAGGAGAAGGCCACAUUCCUUAACGAGUUAGGUUUAGGCGAAUGCGACGAGAACAGUAACGAUAAUGUCGACUGUUGGGAGGACUGCCUCGACGCCGACUACAUGGAGGAACAUCCGUUCGAGUCCGAGUUAGCGGACGAGGACGAUCCGGUUAAUAGAGAGGAUACGUUUGAGGCUUUCUCGAUUACGCAUAAUAAUAUUCGGGUGGACUCGCUCAAAACGUACUCUAAUAAGUCUUGGAAAAAACGAAAACUGGAUGUACAUAAUGGAUUUCCCUGUAAGAAAAUCUUACCGGAGAACCAAACGUCGAGUUCCUUGUUUUACAAUCGAAAGGCACACACUUCCAAUUCGUCUUCGGACGAUUCCACGAAUUUUUGUAUCGAUAAACUAAAAACACGUGCGCUUAUACCGACGAAGGAUAAUCCGCCGCCGGAAAUGGCCGAUUGGCUGACGCAGUUUCAGAGGUGGUCGAACGCCGAACGUAUACUGGCAAUCGACGGACUGAUCUUACGUUGCGAUCCGAGUCAGGUACGUCACAUGAUGCAGGUGAUCGAACCGCAGUUUCAAAGGGAUUUCAUAUCGCUGUUUCCGCGCGAACUCGCUUUAUCCGUCUUACGCCUUCUAGAACCUUGUGAUCUAUUACGUGCCGCUCAAACUUGUCGCAGUUGGAGAUUCCUCGCCGAUGACAAUCUUUUGUGGAAGGAGAAGUGCAAGCAGGUGGGCAUCGAGGAGAUUCCGAAACGUAAGGGCUCGCCUCGGUCUCCCAGUAAUUCGUCGUCGCCGUGGAAGGCGGCGUUCAUGCUACACCACGCCAUCGAAAUGAACUGGCGCAGCAAACCGAUACGGCCACCGAAAAUGUUAAAAGGUCACGACGAUCACGUAAUUACAUGCCUUCAAUUUUGUGGUAAUCGAAUCGUCAGCGGCUCCGAUGAUAAUACGCUUAAGGUCUGGUCGGCCACCACGGGAAAGUGCCUACGUACGUUAGUGGGGCACACGGGCGGAGUUUGGUCGUCGCAAAUGGCCGGCACCGUUAUAAUUAGCGGAAGCACCGACCGUACCCUCAAAGUUUGGGAUUCGGAGACCGGCGUUUGCAUUCACACUUUGUACGGGCACACUUCGACAGUGCGCUGUAUGCAUUUGCACAAGAACAAAGUCGUGAGCGGAUCGAGGGAUGCCACCCUACGAGUAUGGGAUAUCGAGACCGGCGAAUUUUUGCAUGUGUUAGUCGGUCAUUUGGCUGCCGUUCGGUGCGUGCAGUACGAUGGCAAGCUGGUCGUGUCCGGCGCUUACGAUUAUAUGGUGAAAGUGUGGAAUCCGGAAAGGGAGGAGUGUCUUCAUACACUACAAGGUCACACCAAUCGGGUGUACUCAUUACAGUUUGAUGGUGUGCACGUGGUGAGCGGAUCUUUGGAUACGAGUAUUCGCGUUUGGGAGGUGGAAACGGGCGCGUGCCGACACACGCUGAUGGGUCACCAGUCGUUGACGUCGGGAAUGGAAUUGCGCAAUAAUAUUCUCGUCUCGGGCAAUGCGGAUUCGACGGUGAAAGUUUGGGAUAUUAUUUCGGGACAGUGUUUACAAACGCUUUCAGGGACCUACAAGCAUCAGUCGGCCGUCACUUGCUUACAGUUCAAUAAACGUUUUGUGAUAACUUCGUCGGACGACGGCACCGUUAAGUUGUGGGACGUACGUACCGGCGAGUUUAUAAGAAACUUAGUGGCGCUCGAUAGUGGGGGCUCGGGCGGUGUAGUGUGGCGUAUACGAGCUAGUGACACCAAGUUAGUUUGCGCCGUCGGUAGUCGUAACGGAACCGAAGAAACUAAACUUUUAGUACUCGAUUUUGACGUUGAUGCCAGAUAGCUAAAAACAGGCGUGAAUGUGUCGAAAGUUUGUUACAUGUGCUCCCAAUUAUAAGUUAUUAACAACUGCCAUAUUUAUAAAAGAAAGAGAGAUUAUCUAUCGAAUAACAGCAAACUUAUUUUAUA